AUGACCCCGAAGCAAUACUCAAAAGGACUUUCAUAUGUAAAACACAAACCACAGAAACAACAAAAAGAGGAGGAAGAAAUCGAAUUAAUAAAUUCACGUGAUGAAGAGAAACCACAGAUUGUAGUAUUGAGAGAGGGUAAACAUUUGUCGGAGGAACAAGUCAAAGAUUAUUUGGAACAAAAAUCAAGUACAAAAAAAGAUAAUGACCUUAUUGAUGGAAAGAAUAUAGUAUUGGCUUCUAGUAGUCCAAAUCGUCGAAAAAUUUUGUCAACCAUUUUGGGUAAUAAUUAUAGUGUGAUUCCAAGUACUUUUCCUGAAACACUUGAUAAACGACAGUACACACCCGAAGAGUAUGUGAUAGCGAACGCGAUUGAGAAAGGAAAAGAAGUCUACGCAAGAUUAAUGACGCCGUCGUCCUCUUACAGACCAGACUUGAUUAUCUCAGCAGACACUGUGGUGUAUAAAGAUCAAAUUUUGGAAAAACCUGAAUCCUCUGAACACGCUUUCGAGAUAUUAAAAUUAUUAAAUGGCAAUAUUCACGAUGUUACUUUUCGACAUACAAGUGAUGAAUUCUUUCGUGCGUAUAUUGAAACUGGUGAACCAAUGAAUAAAGCUGGCAAGUUAUCUGUUGUCGUAUGUGUGUACCUAGGAAUUACUGAACGUUAUUGA